ACCUGACCAUAAUUAUCACUGUGAGCUAGAGACUCGUCUCUAGCCAGUAAAGGGUUAACGCAUGUAAUUGGAUGAAUGGAUAUUGUAGUUCGCCACCGCGUCUAAUUACACAGCGUUGGAGACCUCUCCAGAACAUCCGGGAGGAUUGCCUGUACUUACAGGCCCGUCGGAUAGCACAAGGUUUGGGGCUUCUGUUGCACUGUUUCUGACUAAAGUACAUUUAACGCCGAUGAUGAUAUUAGGCCUACUUCGUGAAUUUGAAGGGGCAUGAAAUCGAAUAAUUAUAACUUCGUUGCAAUGGCAGAGUGGUAUCUACGAUGGCCUUCACUUUCUUCGGGAAAGUUCUUGAGUGAAAUUGUUGAUGCACUCUCGGUUAUGAAGAGAAUAAUAUUGUUUGCAUCUCUCGCCUAUUUGGUUUGAUCAAGGGAUUGCUUUGGGAAUUUUCGCUCCGGAGUUGGUAAGCUUCUCCAGCGCCGAGUGACGAAUGAUUUGAAGCUGCAACAGUACUACAGAGAAAGCCGAGUUCCUCGACAGGGACCUCAUCUUUGACCUCAUCCCAUCUCAUUUAAGUUAAUCUUGGAUAGCCGCCAUCAUUCUGUGCUGUAAAGGCGACCCCGAGAUGUCUUCAAAUGGAGACCUGCGAGACGUCGGGAGCUGCGAAAGCUUCUGGGAGCCGGGGCACUACAAGAGGACGGUGAAGCGUAUCGACGAUGGACACAAGCUGUGCAACGAGCUCGUCAGCUGCUUCACGGAGCGGGCCAAGAUUGAGAAGGGAUAUUCCCAGCAGCUGAGUGACUGGGCCAAGAAGUGGAGGGGCGUGGUGGAGAAAGGGCCUCAGUAUGGCACUCUGGAGAAGGCGUGGCAUGCCUUCAUGAAUGCCGCUGAUAGGCUGAGUGAGAUCCACAUGGAGCUGAAGGAGCACCUGGCUGUGGAGGACAGCGACAAGGUCCGUAACUGGCAGAAAGAUGCCUUCCACAAGCAGAUGAUCGGAGGGUUCCGGGAGACAAAGGAUGCAGAGGAAGGUUUCCGCAAGGCACAAAAACCCUGGGUUCGGAAACUGAAAGACGUGGAGUCGUCUAAGAAGAGUUACCAGCAGGCCCGUAAAGAGGAGAAGACUGCUUUGACUCGCGAGACCCAUGCCAAGGCUGACCCCACCAAGUCACAGGAAGAGGUCCGCAAAUUUACAGACCGUGUUGAGAAAUGCAACCAGGAAGCAGAGAAGGCAAAGGAGCGCUAUGAGAAGGCUUUGGAGGAGCUGAACCGCUGUAACCCACGCUACAUGGAGGACAUGGAGCAGGUGUUUGAGAUCACCCAGGAGGCCGAGAAGAACAGACUGUGCUUCUUCAAGGAGGUCCUGCUGGACAUUCACAAACAUUUGGACUUCUCCAGCAAGGAUGGAUUCAAGGUCCUGUACCGUGACCUGGGCCAGACCAUCACUGCAGCCAAUGACAGCGAAGAUCUGAGGUGGUGGAGAAACACCCAUGGGCCUGGCAUGAGCAUGAACUGGCCACAGUUUGAGGAAUGGUCCCCUGAGUCAAACCGCUCCAUCUCCAACCAGAAGGCGAGGAACAGCCGGGCGGAGGACGUGGUCACCCUGACCAACAUUGUCCCUUCAAGCGAGGAGGCACCCCAGACCCCUCAGGAGACCACCAGAGGGGUGAAAGACUACUCAUCAGACUGGUCUGACGAAGACAUCCCCAGAAAGGUCAUCGCUGCUAAUGGGUUAGAGAAGGAAGAGGAGAAGGUAGAAGGUGUACGAGUUAGAGCGUUGUAUGAUUACACUGGGCAGGAGGCGGAUGAGCUGAGCUUUAAAGCAGGUGAAGAGCUAAUGAAGAUGGGUGAGGAGGACGACCAGGGCUGGUGCAAAGGGCAGCUGGCCAACGGAGAGGUGGGCCUUUACCCUGCUAACUACGUCCAGGUCGUCACAUCCUGAUGACCCACCCCCUUCCUGGGCAAAAAAAUGCAGCCAAUGGUACCACAGAGUACAGACAUCAUGAGAAUUACCGACAGCAACACCAGCGCAGACAGUCCCCCAGAAGACUGCUUGUUGUAUUUGUCGAGACAGCUGUUGCUCUUAAUUUCAAGAAUAAUGAAACGGGAAUACAGUCCAAAUUUUAAAACUGUUUCCGUAACUACUAGAGGAGUAAUACCAAGAAUGGAGGUCAUUAUCCCAUGGACUUUAUCCUCUGUUUGUGAGAGACAUAACCAGUACAGUGCCUUUUGAAAAGGAUACCAGGGAAGAAUGUUUGCAGAGCUCUCCUCUGCCAUGUGACUGGCAGCACUCGGCAGUGGUUUAGGCUGGGUGACGAUAUGAGCGACCCCUGGAGGACAGGAUGGUACACAGCAAGUUAACUGAUCACGAGAGGGUGCCUCUGCAAGGAUGCAGAAACGAUCUCACACUUCAGUUGUGCGUCAACUUUUGACAUUUCAAUAGCUUUCACUCAAAGCACAAUUCACAAUUCAAGUAUUUAUUAAGAUGAGAUGGUAUGCACAGUUUUUCACCUGUUACUUGCGGUUUCUUUACAAUAUGUUGUGUACUUCACAUGUUCAUUUUCCCUAACUUUUAGUAUGUAAAAGUACGUAGAUACACAAUAUUGAUAAGGGUAUGUUUGGGAUAGUUAGUAGAUUAGAUUAAGGUUACAAUGCAUUCAAACCCACAUUGGUUCGAUGUGCUUGCUUUUUUUUUUUCAGUCAAAUAGCCAUACUUGUUAGAUGAGGGUAUGAGAGUAAUUCCAUAUCGCAAAUUUUUACCUACAGUCACUUUUAUUAGCAUUUUAAUUUAUUUUUCUUGUUUAAAUCAUUUUAAUUAUCAUUUUUUUGCAUAUGAACUAAACCAACUAAACCAGGGAGAGUAAGACUUGUAUAAGUUGAUUUAAACCUGUGGGAAGAAGUGAGAUGCAGAUGUGUACAGCUAUGAGACUGUUUUGAGGGCGAUGUGAACAUGUCUGUCUCCACUGCUCUGCGCUCACUGUGAACAUGGUUUUACAUGAAACUACUAACAAGCUAAUCUAUGUACAAUUCAGAAAUAAACCGUUUAAAUCAUAUCCCAA